UCUGCAUGCACCAAUGUCGUUUCGUCGAUCUAGGAUAACGACUCGGUCGUCACGAAGGAGUCUUGUGCCACCUCAGGUUGAGAGCAAGCAGAGAAAGGACAUUUUUAGUUUUCCUGAAAUAGAGACUCAAGACACAGAUAUGUAUGAAUUCCCACCGAGUGACUGUGAGGACGAUGCAAGUCAUCGUGUUGUCACAAUACCUGACAGACAGAGAGUUGGAAGUAGACAAGGUCAGAGAAACGAGAUAGUUGUGACUUCUCGUUUGAGGACACGUCGUGGUAGGAAAAGGAAGAUGAAGAGUGAAACAAGCGAAAGUGAAGACGACGUAAUCGCAAGGAGUUCUGUAAAUCAGCACAGAAGAACAGAUAGAAACAGCAAUACAGAUGAACAAAGAAAGAAAAGAUCCAGAUUGAAGGAUGUCAAGCAAAGUGGCAGUAAAGAAGAUAUUGUAACAAGAAAAGGAAGUAGACAAAAUAUUAGAAACGCGAAGAGAUCUACAAGACUCAGACAAACACACAGGCAGAGUGUGAGUAAACUAGAAGGUGAGAGUAGUGACGACGAAUGUCUGCAACAAAAUAGAAUGGAGGGUAUGAGUAAGGUUACCACAGAAGAUGAUAUUCAAGCUGAUAGUACAACGGAUGAUGAGGAGAGAUGCAAAGUAUUGCCGGAUGAAGACAAUACUACAGAAGAUAAAAAUACAAUCGACGACACAUUGAGUGAGACGGAGGACAGAGACGGAUUUGUUAACACAACAGCUGACAUUGAUGAGGAGCUUAGCAAGUCAAAUAAAAGCACAGAUGAACUAAGUCAGAAUGAUGUGGAACUGGAAGAUCAGAUGGCGUCUGGAGACAUCUGGCCUUUAGACCAUCUUUUUAAGUCAUUUCCAGGAAGGUCAAAUGAGAUUCGACUUCUUCGGUCAUUGUUUGGUGAACCUGGUGGUCAAGCUAUAGUUCCUGCUGUAUUUGUCUCUGGUCCACCGGCAUCUGGCAAGACAGUAGUUGUCCAUUCUGUUCUAGAACAAUAUCAGGGUUUACGCGCUUUUGUUGACUGUUUGGAGUGUCACUCAAUGCAACUUCUAACCGAAGCCAUUCUUAACCAAUUAUCAGGAACAAUUUUAUCAAAAUCUAAUGGAUACAGCAGCUACAGUUCGUGUACUAAUCUCAGUGACUUUCUCCGUGUUUUUAAAAGAGUUAUUGGAGAGUCAGGCAGAGAUGAGACGGUUUACGUUGUGGUUGAUCGAGCAGAGAGACUAAGAGAUAUGGAUUCAAGCGUUCUCUCAGUGCUUCUACGUUUAAAUGAGCUUACUGGUGCUAAUGUAUGUGUGGUUUUAAUCAGUCGUGUCAGUUGGGAGACGUUCUUUUGUGAGACGGGAUUUCCCCAUCCGGUCACACUUUACUUUCCAAACUACAGCAUUGCUGAUGUUACUUCAAUCUUAAUGCUUGAAUGUCCAUCGGAUCAACCUCAAAGUCUCUUUAAGAGAUUCAUCAAUCUCCUUUGUCGUGUCUUCCAAAUUGCUUGCUCUGACUUGAAUGAAUGGAGACAUCUAGCUAGAAAUUUAUUUCCAAAGUACAUUGGACCUGUUCUGAAUGGACAAGGUAAGGAUGCCUCGUUUCUUGACAACAACUUGACUCACACACUAGCUAUGAGGCUUAGCUAUCUGAUCAUAAUAACACAACAGACUUGUGUGUGUGUGUGUGUGUGUGUGUGUGUGUGUGUGUGUGUGUGUGUGUGUGUGUUUGUAUUCGCAACUUUUAUGUUAGUAAAUGAGACAGACACCAAACAUUUGUGGGCCAACAUUGAACCUCACUUCAAGAGUGCAAUGAAUCAUCUCUUUCUUCCUCAAGUUCACUCUCACCAAGAGAACAAAGCUGAACUGUUUGAUUUUUCCUACAAUUCUAAGUUUCUUCUCAUUGCUGCAUAUUUGGCGUCUUACAAUCCAAUGAACACUGACAAACGUUUCUUUACCAAAAAAGGGGAAAGACUCUCCAAGCGUCAAAAACACUCCAAGAAAUCUGUCAAAAAAUCUAAGAAGAAUAACCCUACAGGACCAAAGCCAUUUCCACUGAACAGACUGCUGGCAAUAUUCCGUAGCAUUGUCAAACAACCUUCACGAUCUCGAGCUGAUCUAUUGCAACAGAUUUCUAGUCUCGUCUCGAGAGGGUGUCUACACCUGCAAAACAGCGACCAAAUUGAUAUACCGCGAUUCAAGUGUUCUGUCUCGUUAGACAUGAUCCAAGCAAUUGCAAAGAGUGUCAAGUUUGAAGUCACGAAAUAUCUCUAUGACAUGUGAGAACAUGGUCGAGCAACUGACAGAUUGUCUGUCAUUCUAUUAGACUCACAAAAGUAAAGUCCACUUGACUCAUUGAAUGAACUAUGUAAACAACGUCCGAAAAACUCACUAACAUAACAAGCAGCAAUAGCAGGACUAACAGCACUGCUUGUCCAUGGGAUUGAGAUUAGUCCAUCAAACAUUCCUGGUUGGAAACGAUGUGCAUGGCUGUAUAGUAGGUGUACAUCGGCAGGUAUCUACCCAGACGUUGAUUGACCCUCGUCACUUCCACACACGUCUUCAAAACGCACGAGCGAAGUUUGCGAACAUUUAAUUCAUAUGGAAGA